CCUUCCUCGGAGAGGGCUAGUUCCGGGAGUGGUUCGGAAGGGGCCUCCGGGAACGGACGGAGCUGCGGGGCGGAGCGGUGUUUGCAAUGGCAGCUACUGUGAACUUGGAACUUGAUCCCAUUUUUUUGAAAGCACUAGGCUUCUUACAUUCAAAGAGUAAGGAUUCUGCAGAAAAGCUGAAGGCACUACUUGAUGAAUCUUUGGCUCGGGGCAUUGAUUCAAGUUACCGUCCAUCUCAGAAGGAUGUGGAGCCACCCAAAAUUUCAAGCACAAAAACUAUUUCUGUUAAGCAAGAGCCCAAAACAUCUUCCAGUCUUCCUUCUGGCAAUAGUAAUGGCAAGGCCCUCACAACUGAAAAAGUAAAGAAGGAAGCUGAAAAGAGACCAGCUGAUAAAAUGAAAUCAGACAUCGCAGAAGGAGUUGAUAUUCCAAAGAAACCUAGAUUGGAAAAACCAGAGACACGGUCCUCUCCCAUUACCGUCCAAACUAGCAAGGAUUUAGCCAUGACUGACCUUUCCAGUUUUGAGGAGACUAGUGCUGAUGAUUUUGCCAUGGAGAUGGGAUUGGCCUGUGUUGUUUGUAGGCAAAUGACGGUGGCAUCCGGUAAUCAAUUAGUAGAAUGUCAGGAGUGCCAUAAUCUCUACCACCAAGAUUGCCAUAAGCCCCAGGUGACAGACAAGGAAGUGAAUGACCCUCGUCUGGUGUGGUAUUGUGCUCGAUGUACCAGGCAAAUGAAAAGAAUGGCUCAAAAAACUCAGAAACCACCACAGAAACCAGCCCCCACAGUUGUUUCUGUAGCUCCAGCUAUCAAAGAUCCACUGGUUAAGAAACCAGAAACUAAACUCAAACAAGAGACAACUUUUCUAGCAUUUAAGAGAACAGAGGUCAAGACAUCCACGGCUAUUUCAGGAAAUUCUUCUAGUACCAGUGUUUCCUCUUCGGUAACCAGUGGACUAACUGGAUGGGCAGCUUUUGGAGCUAAAACUUCCUCUGCUGGUCCAUCAACAGCAAAACUGAAUUCAACAACCCAAAAUAAUAGUGGGAAACCUGCUACCUCAUCAACUAACCAGAAGCCUGUGGGUUUAACUGGUCUGGCGACAUCAUCUAAAGGUGGAAUAGGUUCCAAAAUAGGUUCCAAUAACAGCACUGCACCCACUGUACCACUGAAACCACCUCCACCUCUAACUUUGGGCAAAACUGGCCUUAGUCGCUCCAUUAGUUGUGACAAUGUUAGCAAAGUAGGUCUUCCUAGUCCAAGUAGUUUAGUUCCAGGAAGCACCAGCCAACUCAGUGGGAAUGGAAAUAGUGGGACAUCAGGGCCUAGUGGAAGUACCACUAGCAAAACCACUUCAGAAUCAAGCAGCUCUCCCUCAGCAUCCCUUAAAGGUCCAACUUCACAAGAAUCACAGCUCAAUGCCAUGAAGCGAUUACAGAUGGUCAAGAAGAAAGCUGCCCAGAAGAAACUCAAGAAGUAAUGUGGCCAAGUAGGUUUUUAUAUCACAUUACCCUAAAAUCUUAUUAUUAGGACAUAAACUGUAAUAUACUAUAAUUUAAUAAAAAUCUUCACAAUGAAAUUUCUAUUAUUUCUUACCUUCAAAUGCUAAAUGUUUUUAAGCAAAAUUUGGAAAUCUAUUUUAAGUCUGUUUAACAUUAUUUUAACAGUUUCCUUAGCAUGUGAAAACAAUGAUUAAAAUGAUUAAUUCUUGAUGAGAACUUCUGGAAUCCCAAGAGACUGGUAGCAUACAUGAAUUUUUAAAAAAAGAAAUAGUUCAUCUUCUAGCAAAGCCCCAAGAAUUAAUCCUGCUGAAUAAGGUGCCUUACAAGGUGGCAGGAAUGACCCAAUAUAAACUUUCCUACUUUCCCCCCAAUAUUCCAGAUAUUCCAUGUUAGUCCCCGGCCGCAUUUCAAUUGAUUCUCCCUCUCCCCCACAAAUAUUUUAUCUCCCCAUUUUCAAAAUGAGUUUUAUAUAAUUGAUUUCUCAUAUUUCUGUAUUAUAUCUUUACUUUUAUUUUUAUCACUUCGUAUCAGUUAUUUAGGGAUCUCUCUCUUCCAGUAGAUUAUGAACUCCCAUAAUGCAGUACUUUUCUCCCAUUGCCUGCUUUUUCUUAUAUUGCCAGUCUAAUAUAUGCACAUUAUAUGUACCAAUAAAUGUUGAAUUUUGAUUUAUCCUGGUUAUCUAUAUUCCUGAGAAUUCUUGAACAAACUACCCCUUCCAAGAAUUUUUGUGGAUGGAUAAUUUCUGAGUUGUUUACAUACUGAUACCUUCUGCUAUAUCAUGGAAAGAAAAAAGGGGCUGCUUUAUUUUUACUGCCCAAAAGUGUUACAGUUUUAAUUUUAGUUAACUUUGUAUAAAAGAAGCUCCAGUAUCAUGAUUAAAUCUUGAAAUUGUUCUGAGUA